CCUCUCGAGUGCGGGGCGCGCCUCUAGCCGGCAGGGCGCCGACUCCAACUGGGGAGAGUUUUCCGCGAUGCCGGGACGGAGGGCGGGGGCGGUGCCGCACCUGCGCCCUCCCUGCGGAGCGGGGACGCCCUGGCUCCCGCCAGGCUGGGGUCGCGGCGCGGGCAUCCCUGCCUGCCGCGGGGACCGGGACCUUCGGGGCGAGUGCAGCGAUUAGGCGGCAGCGCCGGGGCUCCCCGGGCUGGCUGGGGCUGCUCAGACCCGGAGUCCGCUCGAUCUGCAGGGUCGAGGUCUUGGUCGCGACCCCGAGCGCCUCUGCGGCCUGAGCAGGUCCGGGUGGGGCGUUCCCAUGGCGGCGGCCGCGGGGCCUGGCGUGCGGGCGCCUCCGCGCCGCCUGGGGAGGGGGCAGUGCCCUCCGAGCCAGAACAGGGAUGUUGUUGGGGCUGGCGGCCAUGGAGCUGAAGGUGUGGGUGGAUGGCAUCCAGCGUGUGGUCUGUGGGGUCUCGGAGCAGACCACCUGCCAGGAAGUGGUCAUCGCACUGGCCCAAGCAAUAGGCCAGACUGGCCGCUUUGUGCUUGUGCAGCGGCUUAGGGAGAAGGAGCGGCAGCUGCUGCCAGAGGAGUGUCCAGUGGGCGCCCAGGCCACCUGCGGACAGUUCGCCAGUGAUGUCCAGUUUGUCCUGAGGCGCACAGGGCCCAGCCUGGCUGGGAGGCCCUCCUCAGACAACUGUCCACCCCCGGAACGCUGCCCAAUUCGUGCCAGCCUCCCUGCAAAGCCACGGGCAGCGCUGGGCUGUGAGCCCCGCAAAACACUGACCCCCGGGCCAGCCCCCAGCCUCUCACACCCUGGGCCUGCGGCCCCUGUGACACCCACACCAGGUUGCUGCACAGACCUGCGGGGCCUGGAGCUCAGGGUGCAGAGGAACGCUGAGGAGCUGGGCCACGAGGCCUUCUGGGAACAGGAACUGCGUCGGGAACAAGCCCGGGAGCGAGAGGGACACGCACGCCUGCAGGCGCUAAGUGCGGCCACUGCUGAGCAUGCCGCCCGGCUGCAGGCCCUGGAUGCUCAGGCCCGUGCCCUGGAGGCUGAGCUGCAGCUGGCAGCGGAGGCCCCUGGGCCCCCCUCACCUAUGGCAUCUGCCACUGAGCGCCUGCGCCAGGACCUGGCUGUUCAGGAGCGGCAGAGUGCGGAGGUGCAGGGCAGCCUGGCUCUGGUGAGCCGGGCCCUGGAGGCUGCAGAGCGAGCCCUGCAGGCUCAGGCUCAGGAGCUGGAGGAGCUGAACCGGGAACUCCGUCAGUGCAACCUGCAACAGUUCAUCCAGCAGACCGGGGCUGCGCUGCCACCGCCCCCACGGCCUGACAGGGGCCCUCCUGGCACUCAGGUCGGAGUGGUUCUUGGGGGAGGCUGGGAGGUGAGGACCUGGCCCAGCCCCACUCCAAGCUGACUUCCCAACCCACAGGGCCCUCUGCCUUCAGCCAGAGAGGAGUCCCUCCUGGGCACCCCCCCCCCCAGUCCCAUGCUGGUGCCCAGCCUAGGCCCCGAGGGUAUGUCUGUGCUCCACCUCCCCCUGGGGCACUGGGCCCUCCUGUGGCCGCAGCCACCUCAGCCUGUGUCCUCCCGCAGUGGCCCCCAUGAAGCAGAACUGGAGGUAGCAGCAGCUCCUGCCCCAGAGUGGUGUCCUCUGGCCGCCCAACCCCAGCCUCUGUGACAGCCUAGUGAGGGCUUCGAGACCAGCCUGCCCAGACCACAGAAGGAGAGUUGGCGGUCACAGAGGGCUCCUCCCCCACACAGUGGGAAGCCCUGGGUUUGGUCUCAGGAGCUGGGGUACAGGGGGGGACUGCCCUAGUCCUUGCCGGUCUGCCAGCACCCUGGAAAAGCAUGGGGCGUAGCCAGCUCAGAACCUGCCAGGCCCCAAAGGCCACGACUGCCUGUUGGGGACAGGAGAUGCAUGGACAGUGUGCUCAAGCUGUGAGCAUGUGCUUGCCUAUGGGAGGGGUCUUUCACUGUGUGUACAUGGCAAAAGCACGUGUGUGCCACUUCCCCUACCCCAACGUGAAAACCUCAAUAAACUGCUGGAAGCGGCUUGA